AUGAUAGACUCUGGCGCUUCUGUCAAUAUCCUCGAUGACGCCACCUUUAACAAAAUUACCCGCAACAAAGGAAUCAGUCUUGAACAAACAAACCACAAAAUUUAUUCCUAUGGAUCACUACGUCCACUACCUCUAAAAGGAGUUAUCAAAACCAACAUUUCCACUGACUCUAAGCACCUUUCUUCCCAAUUCCAUGUAGUUCACGGGAACUCUGGAAAUCUGCUAAGCUACACCACCGCCUGCCAGCUCAAUUUGCUCAAAGUUACGAUCAACAGCACUACCCAUCACAUACCAUCAACUAAUCAGUGUCCCCCAGAGUUCGAAUGCUUCUUCUCUGGCAUUGGAAAGCUAACUGGUAAAACUGUUAAACUGCACAUUGAUCCUGAUGUUUCCCCCGAACAACAACCCCACCGUCGAAUCCCAUUCCACGUUCGAUCAGAUGUCGAAAAAGAGCUCAAAUGGUUUGAAGAGUUAGAUAUCAUCGAAAAGGUUGAUGAACCAACACCAUGGAUCAGUCCCAUUGUGGUCGUCCCGAAAAAGUCGGGCGAAGUCCGAAUAUGUAUUGAUAUGCGUGAGGCCAACCAGGCGGUCAAACGAGAAAAACAUUUGAUACCCACAAUCGAUGACCUGGUAGCUGAUUUAAAUGGUGCAGCCGUGUUUACAACUUUGGAUCUAUCCUCUGGCUACCAUCAACUUGAACUUGCAGAAGAAAGCCGGCACAUCACCACUUUCAGCACACACCUUGGCCUUCGACGGUACAAACGACUUCUGUUCGGCAUCAAUGCCGCCUCUGAGAUCUUCAAAAACACCAUCGAAGAGCUGCUGACUGGCCUACCAGGUUGUAAGAACAUAUCCGAUGAUAUAAUCGUUUUUGGCAAAGAUCAAGCCACUCAUGAUGCCAACCUCCGUCAAGUCCUUGAAAGGCUAAAGUCCCACAACCUUCGCUUAAACAAGGAGAAGUGCCACUUUUCUAGAUCGGAAGUAAUAUUCUAUGGUCACAUUUUCAGCACGGAAGGACUACGCCCCGACCACAAGAAGGUUGAAGCUAUCCAGAAUGCCACACCUCCGCGUAGUUCAAGUGAAGUCAAAUCUCUCCUCGGAAUGGCCCAGUAUCUGUCACGCUACAUACCCGGUUAUGCUGAUAUCACAGCUCUUUUGCGUGGCCUGACAAAAGACUACGCAACAUGGAAAUGGGAAGAAAUCGAGCAAGCAGCCCUUGACAAACUCAAGAAAGCUUUCACUGACAACCAAGUCAUGUCAUACUUCGAUCCUCACCAAGCCACAAAAGUGAUUGUUGAUGCAAGCCCUGUUGGUCUUGGUGCACUGCUAGUCCAAAACGACAAAGUUAUCUGCUGUCUGAUGUCGAAACUAGAUACUCUAAGACUGAGAAAGAACUGCUCGCAGUAGUUUGGGCCGUUGAGCACUUCCACCUUUACCUAUAUGGUGCUCAAUUUACCAUCAUAACCGAUCAUCAGCCCCUCAUUGGUAUCUUUCGCAGUCAUAAAGUCACCUCCGCACGAAUUGAUCGCUGGAAGCUCCGUCUAAUGCCUUACAACUAUUAUCUUGUGUACAAACCUGGUAAAGAUGAGAAAAACACAGCUGACUUCCUUAGCCGACACCCAAACUGCUCAGAGCCCCAACCGGAAAGCGUUGCUGAAGAAUACGUUAACUAUGUAUGUGCCAAUGCCGUGCCCACCGCCAUGACCCUUCAGGAAAUCCAGCUUGAAACAUCAGUUGAUGACACAAUGCAAAUGGUCAUUCAAGCCAUCGAAACCAACAAUUGGUCGGAUCCGUCCACGACAGAAUACAAGAAAGUGAGUGACGAACUGUCAGUGCAUAAAGGAAUUAUACUUCGUGGACACCGAAUCGUAAUGCCCACCUCCUUAAGACGCCGGACAAUCCAUCUCGCACACAUUGGUCAUCAAGGAAUCAUUAAAACCAAACGUCUACUACGCUCGAAAGUCUGGUUUCCUAAUAUUGACAAGAUGGUCGAAGAAACCAUUCAGAAUUGCCUCCCCUGCCAGGUUGCUACUUCGGGCAACCACCCUCCACCUGAGCCACUCAAGAUGACCCAGCUGCCAUCCGAACCUUGGAAAGAAGUUGCAAUGGAUUUCCUGGGCCCUUUUCCAACUGGUGAAUACUUCCUAGUCGUAAUCGAUGCGUUUAGUCGGUUCCCCGAAGUUGAAGUACUCACCACGGUUUUCGCAAAAGCUGUCCUUCCAAAGUUGAAUGCAAUAUUUUCACGACAAGGCCUUCCAGAAGUUCUGAAAAGCGACAAUGGCCCGCCAUUUAACGCUCCCGAGUUCGAGUCAUACGCCAAACACUGCGGUUUUACUCACCGCAACAUCACGCCAUACUGGCCUCAAGCAAAUGGAGAGGCCGAGCGUUUUAUGCGCACACUACAGAAAUGUAUUCGGGCUGCAAUUAUCGAGAAGAAAAACUGGAAGCAAGCGAUGAACCAGUUUCUCCUCAACUACAGGGCAACCCCCCAUUCUACUACUAACAUAUCCCCCUCCGAAAGCCUCAACAACAGGAAGAUAAAGACAAUGUUACCGGAGAUGCCCUCUACUUCAAAACCAGAACAGAAAGCAAUGGCUGAAUAUGAUGUCGGAAGAAAGAACAAAUGAAAUCUUGCGCAGACAACCGUCGGGGUGCCAAAUAAAGUUGCAUCAAACCAGGUGACACCGUCCUUUUGAAACAGCCGAAGGAAAACAAAUUCAGUGUUCCAUACAACCCUCAACCAUUUGUCGUAGAAAAGAAAAAGGGAACAAUGGUUACUGCCAAGAACGUUUCAAAGGUUGUCACACGAAUCUCCUCGCAAUUCAAGGUGAUUUCAACCAAGUCAGCCAAACACGAUGACAAGGAAGUUGAACCAAAGGUUCCAAGACCAUCAAACCCCCAAGAACAAAAAACACUUCAACAAAGACCGAAACGGAACGUAAGACAACCAGCAAGGUUCGCGGACUAUGUAAACUAUGAACCAAUGUGAGCGAAAUGACAGUUCGGACAAUAUCACUGUCCACAGCAUAUUAGUCAAAGGAACAGUGACUCGGCACGUUAAUGUUUAUAUUAAUAGAUGGAACUAUCAUCUGACAAAGGGAGGGAUAUAAUAUAGUUAAUAAGCUCAUUGUUGUUUUGUUGCCUUGGCGCGCAGGUGGACCGCGUACGGGGUCUGAGACUAAGACUUUUUGGCUCCAAUAGAUAUAGUUUUAUUAGUUAGUUUUGCAUGUGCAUGUAUACGAGAGGUUAUCAAUAAAAGUGUUCAACUACAACAUUGCAGUACCUCAUUCCUGGACAGUGGAAUGUAUGAGUAUGUUCAAAAUCGCAGCAAAUGUGUGAACGUUUGUGGAAGGUAGUACGGAGAACUGGAAAACGGAGUUAACAUCUUCGGGAGAAAGCCUAGGAAAUGUGAAUAUAAGACGAGGUAUUUUUCAAGGAGAUAGUUUAUCUCCUUUGAUAUUUAUGAUGUGCAUGAUACCAUUAAGCUUGAUGCUGAGAAAGGAAAAGGUAGGGUAUGAAUUUCGCGGGAAAGAACUCAAAAUCAACCAUCUUCUAUUCAUGGAUGAUCUGAAGUUGUUUGGAAAGAACAAGGAGCAAAUAGACUCACUGGUGAAAACUGUCCAUAUUGUUAGCAAAGACAUUGGAAUGGAAUUUGGGAUAAAGAAAUGUAGAAUGCUUGUAAUGAAAAGAGGAAAGAUUGUGGAAUGUAAUGGAAUACAGCUACUUGAUGAGAAAACAAUAAAGUCCGUAGAAGAAGAUGGAUAUAAAUAUCUUGGUAUACUGGAAUUAGAUAAAAUUAUGGAGGGUGAAAUGAAAUGAAGAAAAAGUUUGUAAAGGAAUACGGGAGGAGAUUAAGACUGGUGCUGAAAUCAAAACUGAAUGGCAGAAACAAAAUCAUGGCGAUGAACACUUGGACUGUUGCGCUACUGAGGUAUGGAGCUGCUGUUUUGAAAUGGACAAAAGAUGAAAUUGCUGCAAUGGAUCACAAAACACGUAAACUGAUGACACUGUAUGGUGCUCUUCAUCCAAGAAGCGACAUUCAUCGAUUAUAUUUACCGAGAGAAAAGGGCGGAAGAGGUUUGAUCAGUUAUGAAGGAUGCAUUCGUACAGAGGAGAACAGUUUGGGAUGGUAUGUAAAGAACAGUGUGGAACCACUUUUACAACAAGUUGCAAAGACAGGUGUGAUUGAAACGGAAAGAUGCGAAACAAAAGAAAAUUUUAAGAAGAAAGCAGUAGAGGAGCUAGAGAAAGCCUGGAUUGACAAGAAAAUGUAUGAACAAUAUAACAGAGAUUUAGAUAAAGAAGUGGAUAGGGAGAAGACAUGGUGGUGGCUGAAGAAAGGAGACUUGAAACCUGAAACUGAAGCACUUCUGUGUGCUGCACAAGAACAAGCUCUAAGGACAAAUUAUGUAAAGUUUCACAUAGAUAGAACUGUUGAGUCUCCACUCUGUAGACUUUGUGGGGAAAAGGGAGAGCAUAUAACACACUUGAUAAGUGAAUGCAAGAAGCUAGCACAAAAAGAAUACAAACGAAGACAUGACAAUGUGGCUCGCAUUGUACACUGGAAGCUAUGUGGUUUGUACUAACUAGAGAAAGCUGAAAAAG